AUGGACACACUAGACGUGCCCCGCCAGCGACCUUUCCGUCUGGGCGGCGGUUCCAAGUCGGAACUGUACGCCGAAAACGAUCUGGAGAAUGUGGGAGAUGAAAAGUAUAGUCGGGUGUUGAAGCCAUCCGUUUUAGGAGGGAGGAGGUACUCGGUGUUGCAAUUGUUCAACCCUUCAUUCUACGUGUCUCUGUUUACACGGUACAAGAAGACGGCAAUUGCGCUGAUAACGUUGUUGGUACUAUCUGUUUUUACGGAUGCGCCGUUUGUGCCACACAUAUUUUUCAGAAACCCACAGGUGGUGAUAAUAUUGGCUGCCAACGAAGGUGGUGGGGUUCAGAAGUGGAAGGGUGCACAGGAAUGGUCUGUCGAAAGAUCUUCAAUCAACAACAAGAAACAGUAUGCACAGAAGCACGGCUACACGCUUACUAUCAAAGACAUGACUGUGAAGAGGCGGUACUCUCAUGAAUGGAGAGAGGGCUGGGAGAAAGCUGACAUCAUCAAACAGACCAUGAGACAGUACCCCAAGGCCGAGUGGUUCUGGUGGCUGGACUUGCACACUUUCAUCAUGGAAACUCAGAUUCCGCUGGAGGAGUACUUCUUUGAAAAUCUAGACAACAAGACUUACCGUUCCGUGGAAUAUUUCAACCCGUUGCAAUUGCCGGUCGACGUCCCAUACGUGGACGUCACCAAACCGGUAGAGAUGAUUAUUGCCCAGGAUUGUGGUGGCUUCAAUCUUGGAUCUUUUUUGGUGCAUAGGUCCGAAUGGACAGAGAUGUUGCUGGAUGUGUGGUGGGACCCUGCAUUGUAUGAACAGAUGCACAUGAUUUGGGAGCAUAAGGAACAGGACGCCUUGGAAACUUUGUUCAAGACACAACCGUGGAUUCGUGAGCGAAUCGGGUUUGUUCCACUGAGAACAAUGAACGCCUUUCCACCAGGAGCAUGUUCUGAGAGGGCUGAUGAUCCGCAGUUCUUCUACCACAAUCGCGAUUUCGUGAUCAAUAUGGCAGGCUGUGAGUGGGGAAGAGACUGUUGGGGUGAGAUGGAGCACUACAAAGCACUCAGCAAGGCACUGCACCCAAAAAAAUGGUAUAAACUGUGGUUGUAA